CUAUCUCUGCCAGGGGAACGUGCUGGUGAGUGACAUGGUGACCAGCGGGUACAAGCUGUCGGGCACCUGCCGGAGCAAACCCCGAGGGAAAUGCGGCCAUGGGGGGCGGAACGACGUGACCCAGAACUUCUCCCCGACCGGCGGCAUCAACAAAGAGACCUCGGACCCCCAGCUCUCGCCCCACCACCACCUGCACCGCCAGGCCGCGGAGCUAGCCACCCGGGCCACCCGGGACUUCUUCGUGGGACCAGGUUCGGGGCUCCUGGCCCAGGUGGGCUCGGCCGCCUUCCGGAAGCUCUUCAACCUGGCCGGCUACUCGCUGACCUUCGCCAUCGACACGACGGGCAGCAUGAGCUCCGACAUCGCCCAGGUCCAGCGCGUCUGCCUGGAACUCAUCCGCCAGCACGUGGGCUCUGCCGACGCGCCCCACAACUACGUGCUGGUGCCGUUCAAUGACCCAGAUGUGGGACCCGUCUACACCACCCAGGACGUGGGGCAGUUCGAGGCGGCCAUCGCGCGGCUGGUGGUGAAUGGUGGUGGGGACUGUCCCGAGCUGGCGCUGACCGGCCUGGAGAUGGCGCUGCGGGCGAGCGAGCCCCGCUCGAAAAUCUUCCUCUUCUCGGACGCGGGGGCGAAGGACGAGGCCCGGCUGGAGCAGGUCAAGGUGCUGGUGGAAUCGACCCGCAGCCAAGUCAACGCCCUGCUGACGGGGUAUUGCGCCACCCGCAGCGCCUGGGCCGUGAACAUCUUUGAGGAGCUGGCAGCCUUCUCGGGGGGCUACUAUGUGCUGACGUCGAAGGCUGAGCUCUCGGGGGUGCUGGGGGUCAUGGAGCUGGCCCUCAACGCAGCCCCCAUCACGGUGACCCGGGCCCGGCUCCUCGGCUCCCGCUUCCCCUUCCCCGUGGACGACACCCUGAGUGAGCUCUCCAUGUCCGUGCGCAGCCUGGCCGGCAGCAGCUUCAGCGUCUCCCUCCUGCAGCCCUCAGGCGGGUCGCCGGCCGGUGUGGAGCCGGUGAUCAACACGGCCCUGCACAAGGUGCUGAAGCUGCGGCUGGUGGAGGCCGUGGGGACCUGGACAGUGGCACUGACCCCCAGCAGCAGCUACGAGGUGGAGAUCGGGGGCAAGAGCCUGUUGGACGUGACCCUGCAGAUCCUGGAGCGACGCCAGGACCUGGUGCUGCCCAUCCAGGGCCGGCCCGUGCGAGGGGCGAAUUACACCGUCUCAGCCCGGCUGCUGGGGGAGGCACGUGGCGCCCGGCUGCUCCGGCUCCUGGCCCUGGACGGUGCCGGGGGCCCGGUGGGCACCGCGCCCCUGAACCAGAGCACAGAUGCCAGCGGGAACCUCCUGGCCCUGGCGCCCAUCAGCUUCCAGCUGCCGGCCACGGUGCUGGGCGUGGAGGGGCUGACGGGCGCCGGGCUCCCCUUCACCCGCCUCCGCCCCGACCCCAUGGCCACCGAGUCAGUGCAGGUCCGGGCCCUGGACGGGCAGAAUG